CUGAUCUGGGAGACGAGUUUCUACAGGAAUGGCACUGAGGAUGGAUUGGAAAGCACAGGGAAAGGAAGAUCCCCUAAAGAGGGGAGCUCCUGCUUCGUGCCCUACAGCCAGAAGAGGGUUAACAAGGCACACAGCUCCUGUGCAGGCAGCGUGUGUACUUGGCAGUGAGAGAUGUGCUACAGUGUGAGAGGAGGAGUGGAGCAGCUCUCGGCUCUGUUUGCUGCCUGUCACUGACCUCACAUCUCCGGAGCUGGUGUCCUGUUCACAGCAAAGGGUCCCCUCCUCCUGAGCCCGUAUCCUGCCUCUCUGGAUGGGGAUCUUCCCUUCGCAUGGUGGCGUCUGACUCUGGCUGCUGCUGUGAGAUGCUGGUGCUGGCUGGCUGAUGAAUGAGUGCCCCUCCAAGCAGAGCCAGCUCCACGCCGCUCCAUACUUGCUUCGUCUCUUGAGAAGACCACAGCUGAGUUUCCCAGCACAGCCCCAGGAGGUUUUUUCCUGAACCAACAUUAGGCAAAGAGGACAGAAAGCAAAGGAAAAAAAAAAAAAAAAAAAAAAAAACCUGAAAGUGAGCCAAGCUGUUGCAAGCAACCCUUGUCUUGGUGCUAAACCUACUGCUUUGUGAGAGGGGACGGGGAGGGACCUUGUUUUGCAGAGGGGAAGGACAAAAGAAACUUGAAACUGGCUUCCCUUGUGGCAUGUCUGUCCUGAGCACCCCUGCCUGUUAAAUGAAAGCACCUGAGCACCGGGAGGCUUCCUGCGUGAGAGGGAGGGCGAGAGCUGGACUGCGGGAGCGAGGGGAAGGGUGAGCUGUGGUUUUUGUGGUGUGGUUUACACAGAGAUCAGAGCUAGCGUGCCUGGGGGUGGGAGCAGGAGGAGAAAGGGCAUCUGAUGCCAGCCGCCAACAUGACAGAAACCCUGCAGCUCCCUGCACUGCAAGUCCCAGAGCAGCAGGUGGUGGAGGGCGGCCGUGCCUGGUCCAGUUCGUCCACCCCCACCCUGCGCAGGAAGCGCUUCAAGAUGAGGCGGAUGAAGAAUGUGCAGGAGCAGAGCCUGGAGGCCAGCAGGUAUCAGGAUUCUCCUUCCUCCAGCAAGGAAUACCUGCAGCUCCCCUCCAUUGAGAUCACCCCGUCCAGUGACGAGGACACCCCCUGGUCCAACUGCUCCACACCCAGUGCCUCCCCGCGGCGCAAGCGCUUCCUCCUCCGGAGGUGGCUGCGUGUGAGAGAGAAGAAGGAGUACAGUGAGAGCAGCAGUCAGCAGAGCAGCCAGCAAAGCAGCCACGAUGAUGACUCGUCUCGGUUCCUGAGCCCUCACAUGCGUGACGACAGUACUGCCAGUAACUCAAACCGCAGCACGCCUGCCUGCUCCCCCAUCCUGCGCAAACGCUCUCGGUCCCCGACACCGCAGGACUCCCAAGGAGACACCAUGGUGGAAAAAGGCUCAGAUCACUCAUCAGACAAAUCCCCUUCCACGCCGGAGCAGGGUGUACAGCGGAGCUGUUCCUCUCAGUCAGGCCGCAGUGGGGCCAAGAACUCCAAGUCACACAAGCGCCUCUCCAAAAAAAGCCAGAGUUGGUAUAAUGCACUCUGUUAUUUGCAGGUGUUGAGUCCAACCUACAAACAACGGAAUGAAGAUUUCAGGAAACUCUUCAAGCAUCUUCCCGACACGGAGCGUCUCAUUGUAGAUUACUCAUGUGCACUACAAAGAGACAUUCUCCUGCAGGGCCGCCUCUACCUCUCUGAAAACUGGAUCUGCUUUUACAGCAACAUCUUCCGCUGGGAGACAUUGCUGACAGUUCGCUUGAAGGAUAUCUGCUCGAUGACCAAGGAAAAAACAGCACGGCUCAUUCCUAAUGCCAUCCAAGUUUGCACUGACACUGAAAAGCACUUUUUUACUUCCUUUGGGGCUCGAGACAGGACAUACAUGAUGAUGUUCAGACUCUGGCAGAACGCUCUCCUUGACAAGCCUCUCUGUCCGAAAGAGCUCUGGCACUUUGUCCACCAGUGUUAUGGGAACGAGCUAGGUCUGACCAGCGAUGAUGAAGAUUACGUGCCUCCUGAUGAUGACUUCAACACAAUGGGCUGUAGCUGUACUGAGAGGGGUAAACAUAAAAACCUGUGUUCUCUGUGGCGUCUCAGCUACUGUGAAGAAAUCCCUGUGGAAGAGAAUGAAGUCAAUGACAGCUCCUCAAAGAGCAGCAUGGAGGCCAAGCCAGAAGCUAGCCCUCAGCUGCCAAAGAAAUCUGUCACUGCCAGCACAUUGACAUCUACAGGAAGCAGCGAAGCACCAGCCUCGUUUGAUGGGGUGCUACCAGAAGAGGAGGAGGCAGUAGCAGAGAGUCCUGUGGAAAAAGACCUCGGCAUUGCAAAUAUCAUGGGAGAGAAGAUAGAGAUCAUUGCUCCUGUGAACUCCCCUUCCUUGGACUUCAAUGACAAUGAAGACAUUCCCACGGAGCUCAGCGACUCGUCUGAGACCCAUGAUGAAGGUGAAGUCCAGGCCUUUUACGAGGAUUUGAAUGGCCGUCAGUACGUGAACGAAGUGUUCAACUUCAGCGUGGACAAGCUGUACGACUUGCUUUUCACGGACUCUCAGUUCCAGAGGGACUUCAUGGAACAGCGUCGGUUCUCUGAUAUUAUCUUUCAUCCCUGGAAGAAGGAAGAAAAUGGCAAUCAGACCAGAGUGAUCCUUUAUACCAUUACACUCACCAACCCUUUGGCCCCCAAAACUGCCACUGUCACUGAGACGCAGACAAUGUACAAAGCCAGCCAAGAAAGCGAGUGCUAUGUCAUAGAUGCAGAGGUGCUAACUCACGACGUCCCUUACCACGAUUAUUUCUACACCAUUAACCGCUACACGUUGACUCGUGUUGCCAGAAACAAAAGCCGACUCAGGGUUUCCACAGAACUACGUUACAGAAAACAGCCGUGGGGGCUGGUGAAGUCCUUCAUCGAGAAAAAUUUCUGGAGCGGCCUAGAAGAUUAUUUCCGUCAUUUGGAAAGUGAACUGACCAAAACCGAGAGCACAUACCUGGCUGAGGUCCACCGACAAUCCCCCAAAGAGAAAGUGAGCAAGCAAUCAACCGUCCGCCGGCGGAAACGGGCUCAUGCCCACCUGCGGGUGCCACACUUGGAGGAGGUGCUGAGUCCCGUCACCACCCCCACGGACGAGGAGGUUGCUCACCGAAUCAAGCAUGUGGCAGGUUCCACUCAGACACGGCACAUCCCUGAGGAGAGCCCAAGUGGCUUCCACCUGCAGAGUGUCUCCAAGCUGCUCCUCGUCAUCAGUUUUGUGAUCUGUUUCAGUCUGGUGUUGCUGGUCAUUCUCAAUAUGAUGCUGUUCUACAAACUCUGGAUGUUGGAGUACACUACCCAGACACUCACAGCAUGGCAGGGCUUGCGGCUCCAGGAGAGGUUACCCCAAUCUCAGACAGAAUGGGCCCAGUUACUAGAAUCGCAGCAGAAGUAUCAUGACUCAGAGCUACAAAAAUGGCGCGAGAUCAUCAAAUCCUCCGUGAUGCUUCUAGACCAGAUGAAGGAUUCACUAAUAAAUCUCCAGAAUGGCAUCGGGUCCCGGGACUUCGGGUCAGAUCCAGAAGAGAAACGGAAACGUUUCCACUAACAGGCAGGAAUGCAGGAGGCCAGAGGACGGUGUGCAAUAUGUGUAAAUAGGAUAUAUAAAUAUAUAUAUAAAUAUAUAUAUAUACAGAAUAUAAAUAUAUAUAUUAUAUACAGAUUUUAAGAGAAAAAAAAAAAGCCUACGUAUCGCGAGGAAGGACUGACCUCCAAACACUGGUUGAAAUGGAGCGUCUCGGUGGUAGUGUGGGGUGUGCGUGUGUGCGCGUGUGGGAGGGCUGUGCUCUCCUGGCACUGAGGUGCGCUUAGGGAUGCACCCUGUGUGCUACCCUGGGCUUUUGCACCACUCUUCUGUAAUACUCCUGGCUGUCUGUUCGUCUGUCUGUCUGUUUUGUUUUCGUUGUUUCAAAGGGAAGCAUCAGAGUGAAUGCCCCUCCCCUCCCUGCGCAUGAAGGUCCCUGACUGACUCUGUGUAUCUACACGUAUAAAGGGAACACUGUCAACUUUCUUACCUUGCUGGCUUCAGGACAGAGAGGUCUUGGCAAUCACCACCUAUUCCUCACAAAACUACUCCCCGUUUGGAGAGGAGGCCUCCAGAGGAAUUGCUCUAGGUCUGUGGAGAGCAGGUCUCACUGGCAAUCAUCUUUAUGUCUCCUGGAGCAGAAAUGCAAUUUGCUGUCGUGCUGGCCAGCCUGGUUCAGAGAGCAAAGCACAGAAUGUAAAUAAGCCUGAAAAGCUUUCUCCAAACACCUAGUUUGCCUCCUCCUGUUAUUGAUACUGCAUUAAUUGCCAAGGAGAUGGUGGCAAGGGGGAGGAUCUGCCCACAUGGUGCUCAGAUGGAGGAGAGCCACGCUGCAGAAAGCACACGUCCAUCUGUUUUGACAGUGUCCCCUUUACAUUUUCUGUGGUUCUCUGCUUUCUGUGUGCUUGGGCCCCUGCCAUUAAGCCAUCCCUGUGCUGAAGAUCUACAUCGGUGCUGAUAAGGGCUGUCUGUGUGACUUCUCACAACAGGGGGAGUGCCCCAACUUAAAAAACAAAAUCAAAAUGAGUAUUUCUAUGCGAGCCCUCCUUUCUGCCUAACCACGUGCUAUUAGCACAGCGUGGAGUGGAAAAGCUAAGGGAACUUAGCAGAACCGCUCCGGCCAUCCUGCUCAGCAAAUUUACCUCUUGCCCCUAGUCUGAGACCACUUUGCUCGUACCUCUUAGCCCUCACCUUUACUUUUAAUCCAUGUGGGAAAACACUAGGUAGAAAAGAAAAAAAAAUCCUUUCCUUUAACAAUGCCAACAAAAGGAUACCUUCGCUUUGGAUCCUUACUUGACCGAAAGCUAGAGCAGCAAGGCCUCCAUCAGUCCCGUAGAGGUUAGGAAGGGUCCCAGGGACCAAAAAAGAAAAGAAAAAAGGGACUAAAGAGGGACUGAUGGGGGGGGUGCAGGACAGACUGGGGGAUGUCCACACUGUAAGGCAUCUGACUGGGCUCUCUCCUAAGCUGCACAGCAACACAUCUGCUCUCUAACAAGUCAGGUGGUAGAGCUGCAUUGAAGACAUGGUGUGUUUUUACUACUUCUGGGGGGAUAAUUCCAGAUUCCCUUUAGCAGCCAGAUGAGAAAGAAGGGCAGAGAGGCUGUGAUUUGCAGUGUACCAAAAGCCACUGUGAGUGGGUGAGAUGCAGGGUGCUCAAGUGGGUGAUUAAUAAAUGCCUGCUCAUCUUACCUGGCUAGGUAGAUCAGGUGGUAUGUGAGAUGCUCAGUCUCCACCGUUGCUCAACACCAAGAUUUUUCCACCUUCUAAAUGGCAGGAAGGAGUCAGCCGUAUAAUCCCCGUAUGCAGAUGGUGCGGUUCUAGCUCGUCCGCUGUCUCUUGCUCUCAUUGGCACUGAAAGAGCAGGGGACAUAAGGGUGAGCAACUGGUUUAUGUAUCUGGAUCAGAAACACUGAUCCAGACAGCUGGGGAAAAAAACAAGUCUAAGGAAAACGCUUACAAGGACCCACAGCCCAACCAGGGAAAGGUACCGCUGGUAGAAGUAACCCACUGAUUUCUCCCAGCCUGCCUAAGAUUUUCAUGACCAAAUUCUAAACAUGUCCCACAGAUGAAGACUCACAGUUGAAGGAGUGUGGAUGAAGGCAGGUUACUGAACGCACAUUAAAGGGUGUGAAAGGUACAAUUGGCAAAAAUAUGCCUCGGAAGCUAGAGAAUAACUCGUAUUUAUGUCUGUCUGUUUGAUUUCAUGCUGCUGACUACUGCGCUGCUCCCUGGCUUUUUCCAGGGAGGCUGCUGAAAUGCCUACUGUACGAUGAAUCUGAGCUGCUAGUAACCUGAAAGGGUAUUCUGCUGCUCUCAUCUUGGGACCAAAGGGCCCCAGCUCCGUCCCCACUGUCGACUUGCCACACUGGCUAAGAGUCCCAUUUUCCCAUUUGUUACUCCCACAGUUGCUAAGCACAGAAACAUGCCUUGCUGCCCAUCUUCCCCUUUUUCAAAAAUUCAUUUCAGAGAGAAG